AUGGCUCAGAGAGAUGGAUCCGCUUUAAUCCCAAUCGCAUGCGAGUCUUGCCUCGGUGACAAUCCGUACUUGAAAAUGAGCUGGACUGGAUUAUAUGAAUCUUCAUAUGGGAAGAUGCGACCUAAUGAUACUAUUCUAAAGCUUCAAAGAAGAAGACCAAACUAUGAAAGGAACCGACCACAUGUUUGUAGUCACUACACCAUUGGUCGGUGUACAAGAGGUGCCGAGUGUCCAUACCGGCAUGAGAUGCCCAAAACAGGAGAGCUAUCCCACCAUAACAUAAAAGAUCGUUAUUAUGGUGAGAAUGAUCCAGUUGCGAUGAAGUUACUUGGAAAAGCUGGUGAGAUGGGCACAUUGGAACCACCAGAGGAUGAAAGCAUCAAAACGCUUUACCUCGGAGGGCUUAACUCGAGUAUACUCGAGCAGGACAUACGAGACCAGUUCUACGCUUAUGGAGAAAUCGAGUCUAUCAGAAUCUUCGACGAGAGAGCCUAUGCGUUUGUCACAUACACAACCCGAAAAGGAGCAGAGAAGGCCACUCAAGCGCUCUACAACAGGCUAGUCAUCAACGGUAAGAGGCUCAAACUCUCAUGGAGAAGAACGCAGGUCCCCAAAACCGUAUCAAGAUAG